UCCAAUUGUGAUGCUUUUCAUCAUCAUGUUCUUGUGCACACCCGCAUGAACACUGCCAACCGAACCACUCUUUCUAAUCUUCACUUCAAACUCAAAAUUCAACCUUUGAAUGUGAUGAAACCUAGGUGGUGUUGUUCCAACACAGUCACACUUUGUCAUUAAGGCUCUCUCCGACGCACACCUAGGAUCAUAGACAAAACAAGAUCACCCCAAUCCUAUUUCUCUUUCCCACAUUCAAAUGGAACGUGCACGGAGGCUAGCAAAUAGGGCAAUUCUAAAGAAACUGGUUUCUUCCACGAAGGAUCAUUCCCAUUCACGGCGUCUGUCGUAUGUUUCUCAUUCCUUUGCAAGAACCAAACAAGAAAACUUGAUCGGAAACAACAGACACCAUGCAUGCAAUGUAACAUCUCGAUCCAUUUCAGUGGAGGCACUCAAGCCCAGCGACACGCUCCCUCGGCGUCACAACUCUGCCACCUCCGAUGAACUAACCAAAAUGGCACAGACAUGCGGCUUCGGCAAUGUCAACUCCCUCAUCGACGCCACCAUUCCCAAAUCCAUCCGACGGAAAGAAAUGUCGUUCAACACCUUCGAUGAGGGACUGGCAGAGUCCGAAAUGACGUUGCACAUGAAGAGCUUGGAAUCAAAGAACAAAUGCUUCAAGUCCUACAUCGGGAUGGGGUACUACAACACGCACGUGCCACCCGUGAUCUUUCGGAACAUCAUGGAGAACCCUGCGUGGUACACUCAGUACACUCCGUACCAGGCUGAGAUCUCUCAGGGUCGUCUCGAGUCCCUCAUGAAUUACCAAACCAUGGUCACAGAUCUCACCGCUCUUCCAAUGGCCAACUCUUCGUUGCUCGAUGAAGGAACUGCGGCUGCUGAAGCAAUGUCGAUGUGUAACAACAUUCACAGGGGGAAGAGGAAGACCUUUGCCAUAGCCAAUAACUGUCACCCUCAAACUAUUGAUAUUUGCAUGACUAGAGCAACUGGUUUCGGGAUUAAGGUUGUUGUUGUGGACGUUAACGAUGUGGAUUACGGAUCCGGUGAUGUUUGUGGAGUUCUUGUUCAGUAUCCGGGGACUGAGGGUGAGGUUUUGGACUAUGGGGAGUUUGUUAAGGAGGCUCAUGCACAUGGAGUUAAGGUUGUUAUGGCGGCUGAUUUGUUGGGUCUAACGAUGUUGAAGCCUCCUGGGGAACUUGGUGUGGAUAUUGUUGUUGGGUCUACUCAGAGGUUUGGGGUUCCAAUGGGUUAUGGGGGUCCACAUGCUGCGUUCCUGGCCACAUCACAAGAGUAUAAAAGGUUGGUGCCUGGAAGGAUCAUUGGGCUCAGUGUUGAUUCUUGUGGAAAGUCGGCUUUCAGAAUGGCCUUGCAAACUAGGGAGCAGCAUAUCCGCAGGGACAAGGCCACCAGCAACAUUUGCACUGCUCAGGCAUUGCUUGCAAACAUGGCUGCUAUGUAUGUUGUGUAUCAUGGACCUGAAGGACUUAAAACCAUUGCCCAACGAGUUCAUGGCCUGGCUGGGGUCUUUGCCCUGGGAUUGAAGAAACUUGGUACCGUGGAAGUUCAGGACCUUCCCUUCUUUGACACUGUGAAAAUUAAGACAACCAAUGCUCAAGAAAUUGUUGAUGUUGCUCGCAAAAGUGAAAUAAAUUUGCGGGUUGUUGAUGGGAACACAAUCACUGUUGCCUUUGAUGAAACAACAACCUUGGAGGAUGUUGAUAACCUUUUCAAAGUAUUUUCUAAUGGCAAGCAUGUAUCCUUCACAGCUACCUCUCUUGCACCAGAAGUUCAGAAUGCAAUUCCUUCAGGACUAAUUAGGAAGAGUCCUUAUCUAACACACCCUGUCUUUAACAUGUACCACACUGAGCAUGAGAUGCUCAGGUACAUUCAUAGGCUACAAUCGAAAGAUCUUUCAUUGUGCCAUAGUAUGAUCCCCUUGGGAUCAUGUACAAUGAAGUUGAAUGCAACCACUGAAAUGAUGCCUGUGACAUGGCCUAACUUUGCUAACAUUCACCCUUUUGCACCAAUCGAACAGGCUCAAGGUUAUCAGGAAAUGUUCAAAAAUUUGGGUAGCAUGUUGUGCGCAAUCACUGGAUUUGACUCCUUCUCUUUGCAACCUAAUGCGGGUGCCGCUGGAGAAUACGCUGGAUUGAUGAUUAUUCGUGCAUAUCACUUGGCAAGAGGAGACCACCACCGCAACAUUUGCAUUAUACCAGUUUCUGCACAUGGUACAAAUCCUGCUAGUGCUGCUAUGUGUGGAAUGAAAAUUGUAUCAAUCGGAACUGAUGCAAAGGGAAACAUCAAUAUUGAAGAGUUGAGGAAGGCUGCUGAAACACACAAGGACAACUUAUCUACGCUUAUGGUAACAUAUCCUUCAACUCAUGGUGUUUACGAAGAAGGCAUUGAUGAGAUAUGCAAGAUUAUUCAUGAUAACGGAGGACAAGUAUAUAUGGAUGGUGCUAACAUGAAUGCACAGGUGGGACUUACAAGCCCAGGAAGGAUUGGAGCAGAUGUUUGCCAUCUGAAUCUCCACAAAACAUUUUGCAUCCCUCAUGGAGGAGGUGGCCCUGGCAUGGGUCCUAUUGGAGUAAAGAAACACUUGGCACCAUUUUUACCUUCACAUCCAGUGGUUCCCACUGGUGGCAUUCCUUCCCCUGACAAAAGACAACCAGUUGGUACCAUUUCAGCAGCACCAUGGGGCUCAGCUCUGAUACUACCAAUCUCGUACUCUUACAUAGCCAUGAUGGGUUCUAAAGGACUCACCGAAGCCUCAAAAACAGCAAUUUUGAAGGCAAACUAUAUGGCAAAACGAUUGGAGACUCAUUAUCCUGUUCUUUACCGUGGAGCGAAUGGAACUGUUGCUCAUGAAUUCAUCAUUGACUUAAGAGGCUUUAAGAACACUACUGGGAUAGAACCUGAGGAUGUUGCAAAGCGGCUUAUAGACUAUGGCUUCCAUGGACCCACCAUGUCAUUUCCUGUGUCUGGCACACUUAUGAUUGAACCCACCGAAAGUGAAAGCAAGGCUGAGUUAGACAGGUUUUGUGAUGCUCUUAUUUCCAUUCGGCAAGAAAUUGCUGAGAUUGAGAAUGGAAAGGCUGACAUCAAAAACAAUGUACUAAAGGGUGCCCCUCACCCACCAUCACUGCUCAUGGCAGAUACAUGGACAAAACCUUACUCUCGAGAAUAUGCAGCAUUCCCAGCUUCCUGGCUUCGUUUUUCUAAGUUCUGGCCAUCCACUGGACGUAUUGAUAAUGUGUACGGUGACCGGAACUUGGUUUGCACCCUUCCCACAGAUUCAAAGGUUGCUGAAGAACAAAGUUCCACAACAACGUAAUCUUCUUUCGUUCUUAUUUUUAUUCAUACAAUGUAUAU